AUGUGGGGUUCCAUGCUUUUGCCUCCUCUAAGGACAUGUAAGUUUAUCCAGUACCUCCUAAAGAUGGAAUCUGGGAGUAGGUUUUACUCAGCUGAUGCUGAUGAGUUCAGAUUGGAUGCAAAAUGGCUGAUUGAUCCUAAGCAUCUGUUCGUUGGGCCAAGAAUUGGAGAGGGAGCUCAUGCCAAAGUGUAUGAGGGCAAAUACAAAAACCAGACUGUUGCAAUUAAAGUUGUUCAUAGAGGAGAAACUCCGGAGGAGAUUGCCAAGAGAGAAGGACGGUUUGCCAGAGAGGUUGCAAUGUUGUCUAGAGUUCAACAUAAAAAUUUAGUGAAGUUUAUUGGUGCCUGCAAGGAGCCAGUAAUGGUGAUUGUUACUGAGCUUUUACUGGGAGGUACAUUGCGUAAAUAUUGUCUGAACAUGCGGCCAAGGUGCUUGGACAUACGCGUUGCUGUUGGUUUUGCACUCGAUAUUGCUCGUGCAAUGGAGUGCUUGCACUCUCAUGGGAUCAUACACCGUGAUUUGAAGCCUGAGAACCUACUCUUGACUGCAGACCACAAAACAGUUAAAUUAGCAGAUUUUGGGUUAGCAAGAGAAGAGUCAUUAACAGAGAUGAUGACUGCAGAAACUGGGACAUACCGUUGGAUGGCUCCAGAGCUGUACAGUACUGUUACAUUAAGGCAGGGAGAGGGAAAGCAUUACAACCAUAAAGUGGAUGCCUAUAGCUUCGCAAUCGUUUUGUGGGAACUCUUACACAACAAGUUGCCUUUUGAAGGCAUGUCAAAUCUCCAGGCAGCAUAUGCAGCUGCAUUUAAAAAUGUGAGGCCUAGUGCUGAUGAGAACCUCCCGGAGGAAUUGAAUAUCAUCCUAACUUCCUGCUGGCAGGAGGACCCAAAUGCCCGACCUAAUUUCAGCCAAAUAAUUCAAAUGCUACUUGAUUAUCUUUACACCAUAUCUCCUCCUGAACCUGCAAUUCCAUCUCGAAUUUUCACCGAGAACACUGUCUUGCCACCGGAGUCUCCUGGCACAAGCUCCUUGAUGGCAGCACGCGAUGGCUCAGGGGAGACACCCAAAGGAGAAAUGGAAGACAAGCCAAAAGGAUUUUUCUUCUGCUUUAACCAGUGUUAUUGA